AUGGCGUCCUCAGUUGUGGCGUUCCUUGAGGCAGAAGCGGCGGAAACAAGGCCGCCGAAGCGGCUGCCAAAGGGCCUCCCUAGCCGAAGCGCAGCAGAGGCUUUACCGGAUACUGGAGGCUGUGUUGGUACACCAUCGGGGGGAACUUUUGUAGCGUAUAGCGAUGGUGCUGGCACAGAGGGCGAUGCCCCCACGCAUUCGCCACGCGACACCCCGUGUCAGCCAGGGAGGCGGCGUGCAGAGGCCUCCUUCCAGGACGGCUCUGUGUCUGUUGGACAGCCCGUUGCGAAGGCUAAGGCUUCUAGAAAGGUGUACCGCAACUUGAGCACAGGAGAGGAGGGCAACCCUUUCGCAGCGGCUCCAGCAGGGGAAGCUACGGGCGUCAUGCAGCACUCCGCGGCGCAUUUAUCCCACAAUCCUCGCAAGAAGCAGCGGCGCAUGCGGGAGGAAGAGGCAGUUCUUGGAAGCAGCUCGCCUGCCCCGUCAAGAUCAAGGCCGCAUGCAGGCACACUCCCCUCUGGUGCUCUGCUGUCAAAAAGGCAGCGUCUCAGCAGCAGCGAACCCGCAACAGGGGGGAAAGGAAUUUCUUUUUCCCACCCAGACGCUUCGAUGAAACGCAGAGAACCGCGUUCUUCUCGCACGUCUGGGGGAGAAACGGACGGGGGGGCGGCGCCCCAAGCUUCGCCUCGCUCGAGGGCCCCCUGCGACUUCCUCGCGAGCGCACGAGAACGUCUGCCCGUGUGGCGAUAUCGCAGCGAACUGCUGAAGAAGAUGGAAAAGCACCAGGUGAUCCUCGUUGUUGGCGAGACAGGAUCUGGGAAGACAACGCAAGUGCCGCAACUGCUGCUGCAAGCCAGGCUGGGAUUGCCCUCCGCCAGCUGGAUAGGCGUCUCUCAGCCUCGCCGUGUAGCGGCAGUCUCGCUGGCUCGUCGAGUAUCACGGGAGUUGGGUGAAGCGGAGGUGGGGGGCCUUGUCGGCUAUUCUGUGCGCUUCGAGACAGUGAUGAGCAAGCGAACACGCAUCCGCUUCUUGACGGACGGGAUGCUCGUUCGAGAGGCUUUAUUAGACUCCCAGCUGAGGCGUUUCUCGGCGUUGGUUCUUGAUGAAGUGCACGAGCGAUCCAUGCAGACGGACUUUCUGCUAGGGCUUGCAAAGACCCUCGCCAUGCAGCGGCCAGAGCUGAAAAUUGUUCUGAUGAGUGCUACCCUGCAAGUCGACCGCUUGAUUCAGUUUUUCCCUUCUGCAGCCGUCAUUUCGAUCCCAGGAGCCACCUUCCCCCUCAAAGUGCUGUACACUCCAGAACCGCAGGAAGACUUCCUCGAGGCGGCCAUGCUCUCUGUGCUGCAGAUCCACCUGGGAGAGGCUGGAGAAGGAGACAUCCUCGUGUUUUUGCCGGGGCAAGAAGAAAUCGAGACGUUGAGUGCAAUGUUGCGCGCGAAGAUGCAGCUGCUCGAGGCGUAUGUCAUGAAGUACCGCCAGGAGUUCGGUGAAGAAGCAGAGUUCUCCGUUCGCCUCGGGGAUGUAGUGUACAGACACCGCAAAAUGCAGCGCCUUUUUGUGUGUGCAAUCUACGCGGCACUGCCAUUCGACCAGCAGCAGCAAGUCCUCCAACCUGCGCCUCCCCAGUACGCGCGCAAGGCUGUCCUCGCAACAAAUAUUGCGGAGACUUCCUUGACUGUCAGCGGCAUCCGCUUCGUGGUGGAUAGCGGCCUUCGGAAGGCUAAAGCGCGAGACUACAGGACGCACUCUGAGGCACUACGGCUGCAGGAAAUCUCACAAGACUCUGCAACACAGAGAGGCGGAAGGGCAGGCCGUGAGGCACCAGGAACUGUCUACCGGCUAUACACUGAGGACUGCUUCCACAUGAUGCACGCCCAUAGGACUCCCGAAAUUCUGUGCUGCGAUCUCUCACAACUUUUUCUGCAACUCAAAGUUCUGGGUGUUGAAAAUCCCCUGGAGUUUCCCUUUCUGGAUGCGCCUCCUCGCGAAGCAUUUUAUUCAGCUGGCCGUCACCUCUACCGUCUCGAAGCGAUCGACAGCCAAGGCGCUAUCACCUCCCUGGGGAGACAGAUGGCAGCUCUCCCGUUACCGCCACAGCUGGGUGCCUUGUUGUUAGCUGCUGUGUCUCUUGAGUGCGAGAACUCAGCACUCACACUGGCAGCCAUGCUAUCCGCUGAGAACGUCUGGUCUGCGUCUCUUAACUUGCCUCGUGGCGCAGCGGCAGCUCUUGAGCGAGCAAGGAAGCGGUUUACGGAUCCUCUGAGCGAUCAUCUUACCCUCGUGGGGGCGUACAAUCAGUGGCUUCAAGCAGACGAUCCCCGAAGUUUCUGCAGAGAGGCAGGAUUGCAACACGCUGCGCUGCUGAGAGCGCAUGCUAUCAGGCAGCAACUGCAGGACUGCAUGGUGGCGUUAGGCAUCAGCAAGCCUUCUCACCUCCACGAUGCAUCGGGAGAGGCCUUCCUGGCCUCUUCUGAGGAGCCACAAAGAACGCAAAAGGAUGCCCUCAAUCUGAGGCGGUGCCUCGCGAAGAGUUAUUGGCAACAGGCAGCACAUCUGCAGCCAGAGAGCCGCCAGUUUGUUACUGCGGUGCACCGCCAGACAGCCAAGAUACACCCUACAAGUGUUCUGUGCAAUGCCCCGAACCCCCCACAGUGGGUGGUCUACACGGAGCUCAUACACACCUCUAAGGCGUACAUGCGCUGUGUCACCGCCAUAGAACCUGCGUGGCUGCGGGAACUGGCCCCUAAGUGGUUUACGAGUCUGGGCUCUUAG